AUGGCGCGUGAUGCUGAUGGAGUUGGCUGUUCUUCAAGAUCUUCUGGUUCAACUAAGAGAAGGAAGUAUGAUGUGUUUUUGAGCUUUCGAGGGGAAGAUACCUGGAAAAAUUUUACUAAUCAUUUGUAUGCUGCUUUAAAAAACGAAGGAUUAAGAACUUUUCGGGAUGAGGAAGGACUUGAAAGGGGAGAAUCUAUUAAUCCAAGUUUAGUAGAAGCAAUUGAAGAAUCUCGUUUUGCAAUUAUUGUGCUUUCUCCAAAUUAUGCUUCUUCAACUUGGUGUUUGGAUGAGCUUCAAAAGAUCCUGCAAUUAAAGGAAGAGACAAGUCUUCAAGUAUUUCCGAUUUUUUACGGUGUACAUCCUUCUGAUGUUAGGAAACAAAACGGAAGUUUUGCAGAAGCCUUCAUAAGGCAUGAAGAAAGAUUUGUCAAAGACAAAACGCAGGAAUGGAGGGAUGCUUUAGAAAAAGUUGCUACUUUAUCUGGUUGGGACUCAAAAAACCGGUAUGAAACAGAAUUCAUUGAAAGCAUUGCUGAUGAAAUCGGGUCAAAGUUACUUGAUAAAUCAGCAUCUGAUCUUGGCAAGUUAAUUGGAAUUGAACCAAAAUUAGAUGAACUGAAUUCAAUCAUAGCAAGGGAAUCAGAAGAAGUUGGGUUUAUAGGAAUAUGGGGUGCAGGAGGCGUAGGCAAAACAACUCUUGCUAGAGCCUUUUAUGAGCGAGAGCAAAAGCGAAAGAGCAAAAACUUUGAGAUUCACUGCUUCCUUGAUAAUAUUAGAGAGACAUGUGAAAAACAUGGUUUGAUUUCGUUGCAAAGAAAACUUCUUUUAUCUUUGUACAAAAGGAGUAUAGAAGUGGCUGAUUUUUAUGAAGCAAUGGAGUUAAUAAAAAGGAAGUUAACCGACAGAGAAAUUCUACUUGUCCUUGAUGAUGUGAGUCAUGUUAGCCAACUUGAGAAGCUGGCUCCAAGGCAAGGAUGGUUCAGCAAAGGGAGCAUAAUAGUGAUAACAACAAGGGAUAAGCAUUUGCUAUCAUCAUAUCGUGUAUCUGAUAGUGCUAUAUAUCACAUUGAACUCUUGAGUGAUAGCGAGUCCCUUAAACUUUUCAUUCAAAAUGCUUUUAAAGAAGGGCAACCUAAUGAAGAUUAUUUGAACCUUGCUAGAACCGUCAUUGAAUAUACUGGAGGCCUUCCUUUAGCACUCGAAGUGUUAGGUUCAUUUCUUUGCAAAAGAACGAUAGAGGAAUGGGAAGAUGCACUAGCUAAGUUCGAGAAAGGUCUUCCAGAGGACAUUUCCAAGAUACUUGAAGUGAGUCUUCACGGAUUAGAGCUUAAUGAGAAGACUAUAUUCUUGGAUAUUGCUUGCUUUUUCAAUGGGAUGGACGAAGAUCAUAUCAUACAAAUUUUAGAAACAUUGGAUAAGGAUCUUCACCCAAAAAUUGGAAUAAGGCUUCUUAUUGACAAAUCACUAGUAAUUAAUUAUAAAGGGCGUUUGUGGGUGCAUGAAAUUCUACAAAAUAUGGCUAAACAUGUUGUCCAUCAAGAAUCAUCUGGUGAUGCCAGCAAGCUUUCUAGGAUAUUGUCCUUGGAUGAUGCCAAUCAUGUAUUAGGAGGAAAUAAGGUGACAUUUGAAAAAUACCUCAUCAAAACCCCAAAUUUUGAUGGAAUUCCUCAUCUUGAAAAGUUGAUUCUUCAAGGGUGUUCUAACUUGGUUAAAAUUCACCAGUCUCUUGGGCAACACAAGAAACUUGUCACUGUUGACUUGAAAGAUUGCAAAGAAGUUAAAACGCUUCCAGAAAAAUUUGAGAUGAAUAGCUUGGAGACUUUUAUUCUAUCAGGUUGUUCAAAAGUUAGAAAACUUCCUGAGUUUGGAAAAGAUAUGGCAUGUCUAUCGAAGCUUGAUUUAGAGAAGACUGCUCUAGCCAAGCUACCUCAAUCACUGGGCAAUUUGAUUGGUCUCGUUGAAUUAAAUUUGACAAACUGCAAAAAGCUGGUCUGUCUUCCAUGUAGUGUUGGUAAGUUGAAAGCUCUCAAAAUUACCAAACUUUCUAAUUGCUCAAACCUUUCAGGCCUGCCAGAGAAUUUGAAUGAAAAUGAAGCCUUGAAAGAGCUGGAUUUGAGUGGAAUUGCUAUAAAAGAGUUAUCAUUUAGUGGCUACAAUGGUGAAGCACAAUCUUCAUCAACAUGGAGUUGCUUAUCCCUUCUUUAA